AUGCAGGAGCAGGUGACCCCCAGCCCCGCCUUGACGGAGCCAACUGCUACCACCGACUUCUACCCCUGGGAGGAUGGGUACUCGUGGGAGGACGGAAUGCUGCCCGAGCUCUGCGAGAAGCAGGCGGUGCAGGGCUUUGCCCGCACCUACCAGCCUGCCGUCUACCUGCUGCUCUCGCUGUUGGGCACGGUGGGGAACGGGCUGGUGCUGCUCACGCACACCCGCUACCGCCAGGCACACAGCAUCACCGACGUCUGCCUCCUGCACCUCGCCCUGUCUGACCUCCUGCUGCUCCUGACGCUGCCCUUCGCCGUCACCAACACGCUGCAGGGCUGGUCCUCGGGCACGGCCACCUGCAAGGCGCUGCAGGGCCUCUACGCCCUCAACUUCUACAGUGGCUUCUUCUUCCUCACCUGCAUCAGCGUGGACCGCUACGUGGCCAUCGUGCGGGUGCCGGCUGCCCGCCGGCUGCGCCCGCGGGCUCGCCGCCGUGGCUGGCUGACGGCAGGGCUGGCCUGGCUGCUGGCCAUGCUGCUGGCACUGCCCCAGUUCAUCUACAGCCAAGCGGAGCAGUAUCAGGACCUCCACCUCUGCCGCGUCGUCUUCCCCCGCGCAGUCUCGCGGGAGGCCCGGGCGGCCACCAACCUGGUGCAGGUCGUGCUGGGCUUCGCGGUGCCCUUCCUGGUGAUGGCGAGCUGCUACGCGGCCGUGGGCCGGACGCUGCUGGCGGCCCGUGGCGCCCAGCCUCACCGGGCGCUGCGGGUGCUGCUGGCCCUCGUGCUGGUGUUCGUGGCCCUGCAGCUGCCCCACAGCCUGAUGGUGCUGCUGGACGCGGCUGAGCUGCUGGCCAACUGGGAGGUGAGCUGUGCCCACAGCAGCCGCAAGGACCUGGCGCUGCUGGUCACCGGAGCCGGCCACCACCACCGCCUCCUCCUCCCGCGGGCCAUGGCCGAAGAGCUGGGCACCGUCUCCGUGCCCGCAGCCAUGCAGGAGCAUAUGGAGCCUUCCCUGGCAGCGUGA